UCGGGCUGGCUCGGCGCUCCGUGCUCACGGCUCUGCCGCCCAGCGCUGCCUGCCUGUCCAAGAUGGAGGGCGCUCCGCGGGCGCCGCUAGCCCUUCGGCUGCUCCUGCUUGCGGCGCUGCCUGUCCCCGGGUGGCUGACGACGGGCACCCCUGAGUCGUCGCCACCACUCCAAGCCCCAAAGGACAGCAUCAGAAUUGAUGUAACUACCCUGAAAGAUGAUGGGGAGGUAUCUAAAGAACAGGUUGUUCUUCAUAUAAACUAUGAGAAUGGACAGGUAUAUGUAAAUGACUUCCCUGUAAAUAGUGGUGUAACCCGAAUAAGCUGUCAGACUUUGAUAGUGAAGAAUGAAAAUCUGGAAAAUUUGGAAGAGAAAGAAUAUUUUGGAACUGUCAGUGUAAGGAUUUUAGUUCAUGAAUGGCCUAUGACAUCUGGUUCCAGUUUGCAACUAAUUGUCAUUCAAGAAGAGGUAGUAGAGAUUGAUGGAAAACAAGCUCACCAAAAGGAUGUAACUGAAAUUGAUAUUUUAGUUAAGAACCAGGGAAUACUCAGACAUUCAAACUACACUCUACCUUUGGAAGAAAGCAUGCUAUACUCUAUUUCCCGAGACAGUGACACUUUAUUUACCCUUCCCAACCUCUCCAAAAAAGCAGAAAGCGUUCGUUCCUCGCAGACCACCAGCCAGUAUCUCAUCAGGAAUGUGGAGACCACCGUAGAUGGAGACGCUUUACCUGGGAAAUUACCUGAAACCCCUCUCAGAGCAGAGCCUCCUUCUUCAUACAAGGUGGUGUGUCAGUGGAUGGAAAAGCUCAGAAAAGAUCUGUGUAGGUACUGGAGCAGGGUUUUCCCAGUAUUCUUUAUGUUUUUGAAUGUCAUGGUGGCUGGAAUUAUAGGAGCAGCUGUGGUAAUAACCAUCCUAAAGAUGCUUUGCCCAGUUUGUAAAUACAAAGGAAUUCUUCAGUUGGAUAAAGUGAAUGUUAUGCCUGUGACAGCUAUGAACUCACUUCCAGAUAGUCCUGAGAAAACUGCAAAGUACCUUGAAGAUAAAACAUGUACUUAAAACACCAUCUCAAAUCAUGGACUCUGAACUACAGUCUACUGGCUCUAAAUUUGCCACUUAAAUAUAAUUUACUUUAAAUCAUUUAGAAUCAGUUUGUAUACUAGAGAAAUUCCUAAACUCCUAAACCUGCCUAAAACUUGACCUUUAAAGUGACAAGUUCACCUCAGUCUUUAACAGGGCUGGCUAUUCAGAUAAUGAAUUGUUAAGGAAAAUUUAAGUGAAGUGGAAGAGAAUACAUAUGAGGAAAUUUUGAAAUUACCAAAAAGAAAAAAGAAAAGGCAAGAAAAAUGCCAUGUGCCAAUACUUUUCAAGGUGCCUUUAAGGAAAUUAUAUCCACAUAAAUUACUGUAAUAUAUGAGACUUCAUAAAAAGCACUUUAUGAACUUCUAAUUUAAAAGCUCAAGAACUUAACACUUAUUUUUUUAUUAAGUAAAAUGUGCCUUUAUAUUAAAUAUGUGACUGAGUAUAAAAAUCACUGAAGUUUAUCAUGAUUUGAUUGUAUCCUGAAUUACCACUUGCCUUGAAUGCACCAGGAUUUAAAUAGUGACAUGUUCUCACUCUAAAAUAAACUCUUUGAGGAAAAAAAGUAGUGUUUUUGGUAUAAAAACUUUGCCCAGGUGAGAAUUACUUAUAUAUAAUAGCCCCUUUUACAAACACUGUCUAAAACCAAGACUCAAAUCAGUGGACGUCCAUCAGUAUCAUGAAAUUAGCAUAUGCCUUUGCCUUUGUGAUUCUUAAGGCUAAUUCACUCUACAACAGUGUUUGGUGUUUUUUAACUGUCACUCAUAUUGACAUAUUUUACAGUGUGGUCUAGUACAUAAUAAUAAUAAUUUUUAUCCCAUGUGAUACUUCCUAUUCUCUUUUAUUUAAAUCUUUUUUUUUUUUCAACUGCAACACAUUUUAAAUACAUUGUUUCAGAAAGUAAUGACUGGUGUGCAGAUAGUAAAGGAGAGAUGUUUCAUUUUGCCUACCUGUUUUUCAUAAGGAAUAGCCCUGUGAGAUUUACUCUUUCCAUAUUAUAGAAUAAUAAAGAGCAUUCAAUUUAUAAUUGGGUCUUAAAAUCACCCAGCUAGUAACACUUUCUUUCUAUCCUUCCAAGUUUCUAGAAAUCACCAGUUCUUCCUCCAAAUGAUGUCAGGGUCUUAUCCAUUAAGCAUAAGCUUGUAGACACUAGUGAGGAGAAUGUCAUGGGAGGCUGCGUGGCUAACUGGAGAGCACAGGUUCUGCACUCAGACUCCUAUCCUGCCUUUUCUGCUUACCAGUGAGACUUGGACCAUGGCAAGGCACUCAAGUUUCCUUGAGGCCCAAGGAAAGGGUGUAAAAGUUUUUUUCCAUGUAAUCAUAAAUGAAAAUCUUACCUAAAAUUUUA